AUGACCUGGGUGGAAUCAUGUGCUGAUGCCCUCUACGACACUGCCCCAACACCAUCUCCUUCCUCUAGCCCUCUACAUUCAACUGGAGUGUUUUUGCACAAUGUUGUUUGGUGUGGUUGUCCUGGGUCUAAGCAUCAGCAGCAUCUGCAGUUGCUGAAGGCCAGGUUAUUUCCUGCAAGCAUCACCCGACCUCGAACUGCCUUCACUUUUGAAGUCUUAGAUCAUUUUCUAAUUGAUGCACUGGAGUGCAAGACUUCGGCAUCAAGCUUCUUUGAGAAAAUUCGCCGUAUGACCAAUCACUCAUUCCCGGGUACUGUUCCUAAUCGAUAUCGAGAACUCAUGAGGGUGUCACGUUUAUGGAGAGACUUGAUGAGCCGAAAAUUCUUUGGAUUUGGCCAUGACACUAGGGAGAAACCUGGCAAGGGUGAUCUGGCUUGGUUUUGCCCUUCAUGUCCUCAGCCUGGCAUCAACAUACCUGAUAACUGGCAAGACAAUUGGCUCAUUUCGCAAAGAUUUGUUGUGGAUGGAAACUUUACCGCUCAACAUAUGACUAUGAAAAAGCCACAGUUAGACAUCAGUCUUUCAGAUGGUCUUGGUUAUAUGGUGAAAGAUAGAGAAUAUCAGACUCAUCUCUCAUUGGCUGUCGAAAGUAAGGAGCGCUCUUCUUGUAGCAAUCAUCGAGCAAUCAACACCGCCAAUAUCAGCAGGAGUAAUCUUCGAGUAACAGGGGUAGGAGCAACUGCCUGUGCUCGACAUGGAUGCUUUGUUCCACACAGCAUAGUUGAUUUCCAGAAGGGCGAAAGGUCUGUACAUCCUCCUAAAUAG